GCCGCCUCGUUGCCUUGUGCCGCCGCCGCUCGUAUCCCCCGCCAAGCCCUGCCUACACCACCAGUGAGCGUGUGUGUGUAGUGGCCGCAGGUCGCCGCCACUCUUCUCCCGCCUUAUGUUCCACCCUUGCCCAGCAAUGUAUUGCCGCCCCGUCGCUACUUCCCCUCUCUUUACAAAGGGACACAGCCCACCAGGCCUGGCUCCAGCAUCCACUCUACAGGCCCAUCAUCGCUGCCUAUGUGCACCGCUCGCCCUCAUCACUCACUGAACAGUCGUGCCAGAAAUGUUUUGAAAAAGCAAAAUCGCUCCUGAUGAUGGGAAGUGACCAGUACUGCCUCAAGUGGAACAAUCACUGGGCUAACCUGAUCCGUGUAUUCAACUCGUUACUGCAGUCAGAAACCUUCGUAGAUGUGACCUUAGCCUGUGAGGGGCGCCAUCUGAAGGCUCACAGACUGGUGCUGUCAGCAUGUUCCCCAUACUUCAAAGAGUUACUUGUAGCACAUCCAGACAAACACCCAAUAGUCAUCCUCAAAGAUGUUCGCUACUCUGAGCUCCGCACUCUAAUAGAGUUUAUAUACAAUGGAGAAGUGUCUGUGGAGCAGCAUGACCUUGCUGCACUACUGUGCACUGCCAGAGAGCUACAGAUUAAAGGCCUGGCAGAUAAUCGCCUUCCUGGAGCCCCCUUUUCUUCACAUCCUCAUAGUAGAGAAUCAUCUGAAUCAAUAAAUCACACACACACAACCAAAACCACUGCAUCUUCCACAAACACCACAGAUUCAACCACCCCACCACUUGAAACCAGUACUGUAAAAAGUAGUAGCCCUCGGCGAAAAAUUGGAUCAGAAGAUAGACCUCCACCUCCAUUAACAGCAUUACAUCCAGGCAUACCGAUAUCAAUCUCGUCCCACGUUCCCACCUACCGGUCACGGCCAUCCUCAAGAGAAUCCUCACCUGUUCAUAAGCGACGGAAAGUGUCGGCAGAUGACAGCGAGGAAGAAUCUAGUGUUUGUGAAGGUGGCAAUAAGCAGUCAAGAUCAGAAGCAACAAAUGGGCACUUAACUUCUCACCAGGAGCAUAAUGAUAGGCAGUACACGACAGCAGGGCCAUCAGGUCUGUGUCUGUCAGACCCUAACAGGAGAGAGGACAGUAACAGCAGAGAUUCCAACUGGGAUGCCGGCAAAACUUCACCGUCCAUAACUAAAAUAUCUGGAAGUCAAACAAACACCAACCCUGGAGAGAGCAAAAGUUCUGUUCACUCGGAUGAUGAUUCGGAUGACGACCGUGACCACAUGACAAUCCAGUCACCAGAAGUAAUCCUGGAGGAGGGAGAAGUUGGUGUGGGAUCAACAGGUCCUCCAUCAUCUGUACCUUCACCAUCUUUGUCAGGGAGUGGCCUUGCGAAUAACUCCAUUACAUCUGGAAGUCUAAGUGGGCCACUCCCUCCACAAGUAGCGCUCCUUCACCAGGCAUUGGCUCUAGGCUAUCAUCCUCUUCAGCAUUACUUUCCUUCUGGACUCCUUGAGCAGCAGCAACAGCAGUCCUCUGGAGUAUCGCCUCCCAAAGACAUUAUUAAAUUUCUAGAGGUAAUGCAAGCUUUACCUCCUGGUGCUCAUUUACCUUUGAAUCUUGGAGGUCCCUCUGGUGUUGGAGGAACUUCUAAUCUUGGGCUAGGACUGUCUGGGUCAACAACAAAAUCCUCUGCAUCAUUAAGUGUGGCUCGGGAUAAAAAUGUUGGGAGUGGCAUUACGUGUCAUAUCUGUGCCAUGAUAUUACCUUCAUCACAUCAUUUAGAAGAACAUGUACGAAUCCACGAGGAAGAGAAACCAUUCAAGUGCGACCAGUGUGGACAGCGCUACAAGUACCAGUCAGCAUUUCAGCGGCACCAGGAGCAAAAUCAUACUGCCAAGCUUCCUGGAGAUAAACCAUUCCGCUGUGGUGUGUGUGGUCAGUGCUUUAAAUAUCACAAAAGCUUUACUAAACACCGCUCCAAUCAUGAUGCACUAGAUCGAAUAAUGAAAGCGGAGUCGGAUGAAGGUCGAUUAGCGUCACGAGGCAUCCACGAAUCUUAUCUACAAAGACUUUUAAUAAAUGAAUCUUCAAAGAGUGAAUCUGAAGCUUCUGUGACUUUGAAAGAAGAAGCUAUAGAGACACAACUGCAAGAUGAAGAUGAACAGCCGUCCACAUCAAAUCCCACCACAUUUAAUGCUGUCCUUCUUCAAGCAGUUAAUCCAGAAAAUGGCGUAAGAAAGUUUGAAGAUGCGGAGGAUGAAGAGGAGGAGGAGGUAGAUGGCGAGGAGGAGGACGGGGAAUAUGAAGAAGAGAACAAGGGUAAAUUUGUUUACUGUGUUAAGUGCAAGUUGACAUUCCGAGAUGUAGCCAGUUUUGAGGGUCACUGCCGAAGGUCAACAGACUGCUCACUAGAUACUUUGCGUGAGGUGAAUGUAAAUGAUGGGCCGGGGUUGUCUUGCCCACCCAGCAUAGCAUCAUCACCUCAGGCCUCGCCCAGGUUGUCCCCAAGUAGUAUCUCGGGACCGCCUCGCUCUCCUCUUCCAGCCUCUACUCCAAUGGCUAUGCCAUCGCCUCCUGCCACUACCACUCCUAUAGGUGGCCUUCCUCCGUCCUCGUCUGUGGCACUUGGUACUGCCACUGCCACUACCACUACUAUAAUCCUUGGGACCAGCACUCCUCCUGGCCACACUAGCAUAUUUAAAAUUGAUUCAAGGGGGGCAUUGUUGCUACCCGCAGGUCCUCUUCCCCCAGUUGAUUCACGAGAUGAAGAACGACCCUUUAAGUGUCAGUUCUGCCAGAAAGGUUUUAAGGGUCGGGAAAACUUGAAGCUUCAUAUACGUACUCAUACUGGAGAGAAACCGUAUAACUGUGGUGUUUGUGGCAAGGCAUUUGGUGGCCGUUCAGAUAUGAAUCGUCAUCUGCGCAUUCACACUGGUGAGAAGCCGUAUCCAUGUAAGGUCUGCGGAAAGAAAUUUGCUCGUGCAGAUUACCUGUCUAAGCACAUUACCACACACCUCGGGGUUCCAUUUGCUAAGCCAGUGCAUAGUUUGCAACAAAGUCUUCAAAAUUUGGAAAAUAUGCAGAAUCUACAAAAUCUACAUAAGUUACAAAAUAUGUCUAAUGAAUAAUACCAAAAUUUUCCCCAAAUAUUUAAAAGAUAAAUUUUUAUAUAUAUAUUUACAUUCUUAUAAUAAAUUAGUUGAUAUUGUAGGCACUAAAAGUGCCACUUCUGCUUGUAAAGCAGGUAAAUCAAAGGUUUUGAACCAGUGACGGUAACUGUGUUACAUACCUAGUUUUUUAAAUUUAGGUAUUAAUAUUGUUGUCAUAUUUCUUCUCAAAAGAGAUUAAAACUGUAAGUAGUGAGUUAGUGGUAUAUGAGGGUGAGCAGGCCAGUGGGCACACAUCUGCAGCAUUGAGUAUCCUUGUGAUCUAGUCACUGCCCCGAGUUGCACACAGAGCUUCACACCGUCUGCUGUGCUGACCACAAAUAAUAUUUCAAGCCCAGUUGCUAGGUUUCUUUUGUUAUCAAUAUUAAUGUCCCUUUUUUUUUAAUACAAUUGGUAUUCCUCAUAAGCUACUAUGCUGCUUUUUAUAUAUUAUUUUUUCUCCCAGUAACAUAGACUGGGCAAGGAGGCUUGAGGUCAUAGUACAAGGUAGGUUAGUGUGGGCAUGGGUUGUAUCCAGUGCCCCAUGGAUGUGCUCUCCCUCUUACCACAAAACCAUCUACACCUGCGUCACCUGGCCGCUUCCCAGUGCGACAUGACUGCCAAAAUCACCUCAUGCCUACCUGCAAAGUCCCACUUUGUUCCCUCUUCCUUAUUCUCUCCUGUACCCUCCUGGUUUUAGAGCGAAGGCAGGGGCGUGGGGCCUUGAAUCUAACCAAGGUCAGUCUGGAGACCCAAGGUUGCCUCGCUAUGGUCAGUGUUAGGCAAUAGCUGUGCACAUAGCCACAAGUGUAUAACCAUGUACUGGAUUGUUUUGCUGUGGAGGUUUCAAGCCUUCUUUAUUGUCAUUGUGGUCUGGUGUUGCGGAGGUUGCCUGACCUGUAUACCCACCCCAGUGGAUAAUGAUGGUGCUAGCAUCGACUUUGUGUGCACUUAGCUGGUGAAUACACAUUGAUGACCUCUUGCUGGAUUGAUAAAGUUUGCACUACCCAACUCAGAAUUCUAUUUGGAAAAUGGAGCAGAAUUAAUAAUGUAUAUAGUUUGGGGUUACCAACGUGAGUCAAAGCCAGUCACUGGUGGUCCCUAGGGACCUUGGUGGGUUGUAGGAUGGGCUGGUUAUUGUAACAGUCUGGCUUAUGACACUCCGGCCGGACUCUAAACUACUUGCUCGUGAUAGUGUCAAGUACAUACCAUAGAGCAUUUGUGCACCGAGUGAAAGGUUGACCAAGUCAACUUAAAAUGAAAGCAGAGCUUGUUUAUGGCGUAAGUGAUUGUUGAAUUUUAUUUGUACCAUACCACAGAUAUGUCCCUAGUGUUAUUGAUAGAAAUUAGAAAUACUGUAGGUGAGCCUAGCUCGUUAAACUGUAGCUUAUAGCCCUCCACCUGUUCUUUCUUGUGUGCAUCACCGGUGACCGUAGAGGAGGCACGCGAGUCACAUCUUACACACUUCUCAUCUUUGUCUUCAGCUUCUUCAUACUUUCAUUUUAAUUUACAAACUUUCCUUGUCUUUCAGUUGUAAAAUUAUGUCAUGAUUGACAGGGCAACAAUUUCAGUCAAACUUUAAGCUCACCCAACAAUACAAAAUGUAUUUUAGGAGUUACUAUAAUAGACAAAUUUUACAUCUGGAAACCAGACACAAAAUACUGAUAAAUGUGUGUCUGACUUUUUGGAAUUUUUAUAUGAAAGAACUGAAUUAAAGUUUGGCUGAGAUUGUAGCAAUUGAGCCUUGGCUCUCUCAAGAGUGCAAGUUGUAGUGAUGUAAGGACAGCCAAGCUGCGACUGAGGACGGCAUGUUAGGAGGAGCUACACCACAUGCACACCUUGUUGGUCUGUGAUAUUGUGAGAAGCUUGUUGGGUCCCAUAUGCUGCCCACUAUUGAGUUAGGGCAGCAGCAGGUAGGGGACACCCACAUCUCUUGUCCAGAAGGAAAAUUGUGUUAGGCUGAGAAUUCUUUAGAAUUCACAUGUUUUAAUGACUAAUGUCUGUUACCAAAUCAAGUCAUAUGAUGACAGAAAGUUGAUUGUUCUAUGUGGCAUUUGAAAUGCUAAAACGCUUUUUCCAGUUACUGGAUGGUAGUUAUUUGUUAUUUGAACCGAGUGGUAAUUGAGUUAAGUAGAAUGUGGCUCCACAAAUCUUCAAGCACCAUUGCAGUAGUAGCAGAAGCAGCAGGAAACAUUUCCCUACCCUGGUACUAUGUUACUAUGAUACAAAUUUCAUGUGGAGAUUUGCUCAUUUUUAUUUUGUUAUUUUUCCCUGUAGUGGUAAGCUGGUGAUAAGUCAAAGUGCCUUGUGACUUGUGAUAAAUUGUGGAUGGAGGGGCAUGCUUGCUCUCUCAUUUGAAAAUAAUUGCCAAGUUCCUGAAUACAUGGGGAUCAAUUGCUGUAAUAUCCUUUCCUUUUAAGCUUACUUUAUAUUGUCAUUAUAUCAGUAAAAAUUAUCUUUUUUCAUUUUUAGUGCUAUGCUUAAAGUUGCUGUGUGUAGUAUACCUGUUUUCACUUGUAUUUGUUUGAGGAAGAUAAUGUUGAUUUCCUACAUUUAGGCUAAUUGGUGCUUGAUGCAUUAGUUUUGCCACAUUCAGAACAGCAAUAUAGAACUGCUAGAUUGUAGAGAGGCAUAAUCACAUUUUGGUGUCUGGUGACAUUUUACAGGACCCUCUUGUGUGAAAGGUGAAGUUGUUAUUGUCCAGCAAGAUAAAAUGUGCAUGUAAACCAUUUUUGGAAAAUCCCCCAUUUGAGAUACAACUUGAGGCCCUUCCAUGACAGAAUGGAUCAUACUCGACAACAUUAAAGCAACGGUGAAACAUGUCAGGUUCAACUACAGUUGCAGACUGUAACAAUGUAGCAAUGUUGUUGUUAGUGGCAUAACAACAAUGGCAAUUUUCACAAUUCAUGAACUACUUAAAAAGUAGAUGUGUAAAUCUUAGUAGAUGGUUUUCAUGGAAGUAAAUUCAAUCAGACCCCUUUUAAGAAUGGAGGUUUGUUAUAGGAUGGCAUAUAUAAUGUUAAUGAUUAUAUAUAUAUACAGUAUAUAAUAUAUAUAUAUAAUAUAUAUAUAUAUAUAUAAUUAUAUAUUAUAUAAUAUAUAUAUAUAUAAUAUACAAGUAAUGUAUGUAUAUGGUUUAUUGAUAGAACUGGAAAAGUUGUGCAAAGUAUGAGGUAAUGGACGGAGCAGAGGAUAAGCCACAGCGAACCCUCCACAGUGUAACAUAAGGCUGAUGUGGCCAUCCC